AUGUCCAGCUCAAGUGGUCCAGUUCCUCCUUCCAAGGUUGUUGACAUCGUCGAGGCGCCAGAUGCUUCUUUCGACGAGCCUGAGCGCGUCGAGCUGAUCAACAAGAUUGCCAACGCACUAAACGCUUUGAAUGAGCCGAAAAUAAGAAACUGGACAACUUGUUACGCGUGCUUAUGGCUUGGUGAUAUAGAGAAACUACGAGCUUUAGUUAAUCAAGCUCUCCCCGAUAAUGGGGAGCAUGAUAUUCUGAGGAUCUAUGACAAGUUCUUCCGUGUUGAGGACGAGGGCUGCAUAGGUCAAAAUUGGCAACAAAAGAAAGGUAGUGCUCAAUCAACGGCUCCAUCUGCUCCGCCAACACCAGCCAAGAAUACACCACCACCCUUGUUCUUGUCCUCCCCCGCCCUUGGGCGGAGCCCGGGCGAUUUGGUAUCUGAGCCUCCCACCUCAACUCCACAGCGCCAACGCGUGUCGCUAGGAACAUCAGGAAGUCCUAGUGCGUCACACAAAAGAGCAGGGGACCCUCAGAGCACGCCUAAAGGGGCGAAGAAGCUUAAACUAGAUACAGCCGUCUGGGAAAGUUGUAAGAAGCGUGACAAGGCCUGCAUUCUUACAAAAUUCCACGUGGACUUCUGCCAGUCAUGCCAUUUGUUCCCAUAUUGCUCGAACAAUGAGAAUACCCAAGGUGUGCAAUGGUUUUUGAGGGCGCUAAGAGAUUUCUGGAGUAAGGAAAGGGUGGAUGGGUGGAGAGAUGCAGUCUAUGGAGAUGCUACCAAGACUGAAAAGAUCCAAAAUCUCAUAACCCUCAACUAUAACGCACAUCAGCUCCAUAUAAAGGCGCUUUUUGCCCUUCAGCCUGUUAACAGGGAUGAGGUUCAUGAUGGGGUUGAGUUUAGUGUUCGCCCACAACUUCGUGAAGAUUUUUGCCCAACAGAAUAUGCAGUUGCUCUGCAUAAUAUCUAUAAUAAUCUUCCACUUGUCUCUGGUGAUUACAUCACGCUUGAGACGCAUAAUCCAGAGACUCAUCCCCUCCCUGAUACUCGGCUCCUUGACAUGCAGUGGAUGCUGAAUCGUGUGCUUGCCUUAAGGGGUGCUGCAGAACCGGAGGAACUGAAGGAUGAGUCGGAUGAGGACUCAGAUGAGGAACUUGGCCUCACUGCCAGGCCCGAGGUGCCUCUGGACUUGAGUUUUUAUGGCGAAUCAUCUCCUCUGUCCUCUAUCACUAAUAUCGCGAGUGACCAGCCCAAGGCUAACCCCGUCAUCGCGACGACUGAUACAGUCGAACAAGGUCUCCUUAAGGAAUAG